AUGCUCAUCCCUCAAGAAGUAUCGUUGUCUACGAUCAUGAACGUCCCAGCCCACCACGGCCUGUAUACGGCUGCCACGGCCCCCUUGGUGUACGCUGUCUUCGGCUCCAGCACGGUUCUCUCCGUCUCCAGUGGCUCUGAAGUGUCACUGCUAGUCGGUACCAUUCUCGAGGACAUUGACGACGAGAACGAACGAGUAGCCACCGGUAUCAUGAUGGCCUUCUUGAGUGGCUGCAUCCUGUUGAUCGUACGGAUUCUGAACCUAAGUCAACUCGCAGACUUCUUCUCUCGACCAGUUAUGGGAGGGUUUGUGUCGGCUGGCGGCAUCCUCAUCAUGCUAUCGCAGUUCUCGAACGCCUUGGGUAUCAAAUCUUUAACCACAUCGGCAGUACCAACUUGA